AUGCCCGACGAACAAGGCUCGGGGAAGCCAUCUUCGGACGCACCUGAGAAGGUCCAAGCCCUCGACGACCUCAUCGACCUCACCGACAAGACAGAGCCAACAGCGUCAGCAUCUGUAGCUGCCGACGCCAGCAAACCGAGUAGCCCCAGCAACCACAGCAAAGAUGCCGAGGCCACUGUCUCUCGCGCACAUGUUGUGACAGAGGCAGACCCAGACGGAGAGGCUUCUGCCUCCGCGGACCUUAUGAAUGCUUCCGUGGCAACCAUCAAGCCGUCGAAACCCCUCCCCGCCGACACCUCGACCCAGUUCCUCACGAUCGAGACCAAAGCCUACGUUGAUCCUACGCCACCUACCCCGACAGCCUCACGCCCUCCUUCAAGAACACCGUCCAGUGUAGGAUCCCGACAAGAUGCGUCUCCCACGAGAUCUGAUGCUGCCUAUGACGAUCGGAGGUAUACGAGCGAUGAUGACCAGGAGAACGGCUCGCGCUCCGAGAUUCAGAGCAUCAUGGAGCAGUUCACCGGCGAUGGAGGUGGCCCGGGAGCUGAGGAAGUCAUGAGUCCAAGACUCGAGAUUACAUCGCCCAUUCUCGGCGGCCCGAUUCAACAUCCACCAAGAAAGUCGAGCCUCGAGCCUCUGUCAACCUCCUUCUCGGCCCAGUCGCUGGAGAAGGAGACCUUGGGCGCAGCCAUACCUUCGUCACCCGUGAGCACAAGAUCCCGGACCAGGUCCUCGGUGGAUUUCGGUCCUCCAGUGCCCCCGAAGGACGGCCUUCCCGGCGCCGAGGACAGCCAAACUUCUCUCGAUACUCCCAUGUCGCCCUCGGCCAUGCACCGGCCCCCACCACCCGAACCCGAACCAGAGCCGACCCUACCUUUUGACUUUCACCGUUUCCUCGAGCAGCUGCGCAACAAGAAAGCCGACCCUGUCGCGCGCUAUCUCAAAUCUUUUCUAUCCGAAUUCGGCAAGCGGCAGUGGAUGGUUCACGAACAAGUCAAGAUUAUCGGCGACUUCCUCGCCUUCAUAGCCAACAAAAUGGCGCAGUGCGAGGUCUGGCGCGAUGUUUCGGACGCCGAGUUUGACAACGCGCGAGAGGGCAUGGAGAAGCUUGUCAUGAAUAGGCUGUACACCCAGACGUUCUCGCCGGCCAUCCCCGCGCCGCAGCCUAUUCCUGGGGCCAAACCCAAGAGGAGAGGCGGCGAGCGGCCCAUGGGACCGGGGCGUAAGGGCCAGCACCAAGAGGAUGUCGAGAGGGAUGAUAUCCUGACACAGAAGAUCAAUAUUUACGGUUGGAUUCGGGAAGCCCAUCUCGAUAUUCCACCAACGAGCGAGAGCGGGAAGCGGUUCCUUAAGUUAGCACAGCAGGGUCUGCUCAAGCACGCAAAGUCAGAUGGAUCAGCAGACUCGUUCAUGCCAUUCCUUAUAUACGUAGUGCUCCAAUCCAACCCUGAACAUCUUGUGUCGAAUGUGCAGUACAUUCUUCGAUUCAGGAAUCAGGAGAAACUGGGUGGCGAGGCCGGAUACUACCUGUCUUCUCUGAACAUGGACAAGACCAGCCUUACGAUUACCGACGACGAAUUCGAGAAGAACGUCGAGGCCGCCGUCUCAGCCAUCGCAGAGAAGCACAACGCUGCAUCGCCGGUGGAACCACAGCUCUCUGAGAAAAUACCUCAAAGCCUACUGGCCCAGACACAAGGCGAACCCUCGACCCGGCCCGACCACGAUGUCAACAACGGAGACUUGUCCACGCCUCGCCGCUCCACAUCGUCAGAUGGCGACUACUCUGACGGCCAGGCCCCCAUCACGAGCCUACUCCAGACAAUCCAGCGGCCGCUCAGUACCAUCGGACGCAUGUUCUCUGAAGAUCCCACCGGAUCGGAAUCCGGUGCCAGCGCCGCGGCGCGCGCGCCGCAGCCUCUUGACCCAAACCGGUUAUCACCACGGCCCAGUGGCGAGGAGGCACGCGAGGCCGGAGGACGGCCGGACCCACGCAACCACCCGCAGCUGUCGGUGGAGGAGGCGGCAGCGAGGCAAGCGAGCGCCGAGACGGCCGAGGCGCAGAGGUUGCACCGGGCGGAGCACCACAAUGUCGUUGAGACACUUGCCGGCAUGUUUCCGGACCUCGACAGGGACAUUAUCUCGGAUGUCGUGGUGCAGAAGCAGGGGAGGGUCGGACUAGCGGUGGAUGCCUGCCUUGCAUUGUCCACGUAG